CUGUUUAGACAAAAGUCAGUUCCAUUUGAUUUUUCAUACCUUUGUGACUACCCUUUCAAGAAAUAGACAGCAGAAACAGUUGGAUGUCCAAAGAAUGAAAAACAUCUGCACCUACAUGAGAUGUGACAGGUGUGGCAAGAGCAGCAUAAGACUCAAGGUUUUAGUUAAAAAUAAGGUAAAAUUAAAUAGCAUGCCCUUAUAUGUGAAUUCAAUCUAUCUUUUUAUUAGUAGAUAUGGAAUAUUACACAUAAAGAAGAUAAUGGUUUGAUCUGUUCUACACCUGCCAGAGGACAUUAGAAAUGAAUGUACCAUUUUAUAAAGAUUUAACUUUUGAAAACUUGAAAAUAUUCCAACUAAAGCAACAUGAUCAUCUUCUAAAAACCUUAUAAAGAAGAUUCUUGAAAUGGUUGGUAGUGAGUGGAGGCAAUUCCUAAGCCCUCCAAGUCUGAAUUGUAUAAUUUCUUAGGUUAUGCACAGCUAUGUUUAGCAUGCAGUGACUUUCUACUGAAAAAGGAGACAAAUCAUGAGAGAGACCAAUCAGACACAGGUGACAGAAUUCUUCCUUCUGGGACUCUCUGACAACCCACACACUCAGCAGCUACUAUUCAUCUUGUUCCUGGGUGUUUACCUUGUCACUGUGGUUGGAAAUCUGGUUCUUGUCUCCCUUGUAGUGGUUGACUCCCUGCUUCACACACCUAUGUAUUUCUUUCUCUGCAAUUUAUCUCUGGCUGACCUCUGUUUCUCUACCAACAUCGUUCCUCAGGUCCUUGUCCACCUGCUAUCCAAAAAGAAAGUCAUUUCAUUCACACGUUGUGCAGCCCAGCUUCUACUCUUCCUUAUUUUGGGGGGUACACAGUGUGCUCUUUUGGCAGUGAUGUCUUAUGAUCGGUAUGCAGCCAUCUGUAACCCGUUGCAUUACCCCAGCAUCAUGACUUGGAGGGUGUGUUUCCAGUUGGCUGUGGGAUCAUGGACCAGUGGCAUUCUCGUGUCUGUGGUAGAUACCUCCUUCACACUAAGACUACCCUACAGAGGCAGCAAUAGUAUUGAACAUUUCUUUUGUGAGGCACCUGCACUUUUGAGCCUGGCAUCCACAGACACCUGGACUUCAGAGAUGGCCAUUUUCCUCAUAGGGGUUGUGAUUCUUCUCAUACCUGUUUCCCUAAUCCUGGUAUCCUAUGGCCACAUCAUAGUGACUGUGGUCAGGAUGAAGUCAGCUGCAGGACGACUCAAGGCAUUCUCUACCUGUGGCUCCCACCUCGUGGUGGUCAUUCUUUUCUAUGGAUCAGGAAUUGUAAAUUACAUGACACCAAAGUCCUCAAAAGGACAGAAAAAACUGCUGUCUGUGUUCUACACAAUGGUGACCCCGAUGCUUAAUCCCCUCAUUUACAGCCUGAGGAACAAGGACGUGAAAGGGGCUGUGAGGAAAGUGGCUGCAAGGAUUUUUCCAUGCAGGCUCUGAAAUUGUCACUGAGGGUGAGCCUCACCUGGCUCUCUACUUCUAAGAUUUACUGAGUA